AGCCACCGGCUGGGACAGCUUCGCUGCCGCUGCACCCCUACUCGGACUCCCCCUGCUAAGCUCUGGCUUUUCAAUCCGUCGCCUCUGAAACGGAGUUGAGUUCCUGUACCCUGGUAGAUUCCAGACCAAAAUUGAAAAAAUGGUUGACCUCACUGAGCUAAUGGAAAAUGAAGUAUUCAAGGCCUAUGCUUCCUAUACAACGAUUAUUCUUUCAAAAAUGAUGUUUAUGAGUACUGCAACUGCAUUCUAUAGAUUGACAAGAAAGGUUUUUGCCAACCCAGAAGACUGUGCUGGCUUUGGCAAGGGAGAAAAUGCCAAGAAGUAUCUUCGGACAGAUGACAGAGUGGAACGUGUACGGAGAGCUCACCUGAAUGACCUUGAAAAUAUUGUGCCAUUUCUUGGUAUUGGCCUUCUGUAUUCCUUGAGUGGUCCAGAUCUCUCUACGGCCCUCCUGCACUUCAGACUCUUUGUUGGAGCACGGAUCUACCACACGAUCGCGUAUUUGACACCCCUUCCCCAGCCAAAUCGGGCGUUGGCUUUCUUUGUUGGAUAUGGAGUUACUUUUUCAAUGGCUUACAGGUUGCUGAAAAGCCAAUUGUACUUGUAAAGAGAAUCAUACAACUCAUCCAAUUAUUUUCUAAGAAUUCUGUACCUCCAAUUUAUAAUGAAUGCUUUUUUAGAUUCUAAGUGGGAGGAGAGCAGAGAAAUUAAGAUGGGGCAAACAAUCUGAAUGUUAACAUCACCAAUAUCAUUUAUUCUUGUUCUAUAUUUGUACUCAAAAUUUCACAUAAUUCUUAAAUCUUUUGACUUCUUCUUUAAGUGCCUUGUUGUAAAUUCUGAUUAUAAUUUGUAACAUUCAUUCAACAUUUAAUAUUUGAAAUCUACAAAAAGGGUGAAUGCAUGUGUGAUAAACCUAUAUUGCAAUAUUGCUGAAUCGGACACAUGAAAUAAAGAAUUUAAAGAAUA